AUGAGUAGGAGUAAGGUGAAACUAUUGUUCAUAGCAAAUGAACAAACAAGGAAGAUAACAUUCAAGAAGAGGAAGAAAGGGUUGAUUAAGAAACUUGACGAGCUGGUGAAACUCUGCGACGUCAAAGCUUGUGGGAUCAUCUCCAGUCCUUACGAGUCGACCCCUGAUGCUUGGCCUUCAAGGGAAGGUGUCGAUGAGGUGGUUUCGAAGUUUAAGGAGUUACCGAUGAAUAACCAGAUCAAGAAGAUGGUGGAUCAAGGGAGCUUUAUGCGUCAAACGAUAAGCAAAGAAAAAGAGAAACUGCACAAGCUCUAUGUGGAGAACCGAGAAUCUCAAGUUCGAGAUUUCAUGUUUGGUUGUCUCCAAGGAAAGGCGAUGGAGUAUCAAUUCGAUAAAACUGAUGUUAAAGAUUUGCGUAUCUUUAUGAGAAGGUAUCUUGAUAAGCUUACUCAUAGGAUUGAGACCCUUGAGGAGAACGGUGAGUCUUCUUAUUCUUUACCUCCUCUUGUUGUUGCGGACGGGAAUGUUGUGGCUGCCCCAAUCGGGUUUUAUGAUCAGAUUCAAUAUCAAAAUGUGAAUCAGAAUCAGCAGGACAUGACUGAUGCACACAUUCCUUCCAUGGACGGCAUCCACCACCAAGCCUCAACCGCCAGUCACUUGUCUUCCAUUGCCACCGCGGUCGCUGAUGUUUGUGCUCCUAACAUCACCAAAGGUCUUAAGUUAAAGGGGAUUGCUUUCGAGUGA